UCAACGGAGAUGUCACAGUCGCAGCUGUCUCAGGCAUCAGAGGACUUGAGCAGCAGCGGAGGCCUUGAGCGGAGGAUCGACAGCCAACAGAGCGUGAUAUCCGAGACUCCACUGCUGUACAGUUCCUUGGGCGAGGGGAGUGACAGCACCCCGUUCCUAGAGGAGCGAGACAAGCAGGCCCUCAUCCCCGACACGGCCAUGUACAUCGGCGGCGCUGCGGCCGUGCUCCUCGUCGUCGCUGGCAUCCUCGGCGUCGGGUUUACCCUCAAUGCCACAGUCUCCAGGCUGGAUGAGGCGGUUCCGCAUACGUCCCUCGGAGAAGAACAUGAAUCUGCCUUGAUCGGGGUACAUCGGGAAGGAGCCACGUCCGGCACCGACUUGGGCCGUCCUCACUGGCUCGGGAUGGACAUAGAGGAGCCAGCCGAUUCCACGCAGCGCACCACUCGGAAACGGCAAGUACCACUGAAAUCGGGUAAAAGAAGGUUCCAACCCGCAGGCCGGAGAAAGGACCCUCCAAGGACGACGACCGAAGAGGAGAUGAAAAGCGAGGACACAACGGAGGAAGCGACGGAGGAAGAGGAGACGCCCUCGACCACCUCCGCCCCCAUCUUGUACACGUUACUUUAG